GGUCUGACUGUAUCUGUUGAUGUUCUACAGCGAUGAUGAGAUUAUCUCCUGCUGAGGAACUGAAGAGGAACCUGACUGGAGUUGUUGGAGGAAACAUCACUCUGCCUGAUCCUCUGAUGGAGCGAGGAUUUAUUUUAGAUGCAGGGAAAGCCAACAUUCUUGCUUCUGUGAAAGAUGGAAAACUUGAGAUUCUAAACGACAAAUUCAAUAAUAAACUUCUCUGGAACAAAGACUCUGGACUCUUUACAAUCACAGACCUGCAGAAGAUCGACUCUGGAGUUUAUAAAAUUGAUGAUAUAAAAAGAAAGAUUUCUUUCUUUUAUUCUAUCUCAGUGUACGAUGCUGCUCCGACUCCUGCAGUAGAAACACGGACUGUGAGCUCUGACAGCUGCUGGUUGAUCUGUUCUGUGGACAAACCAACGUCUCUGAUGUGGUACAAAGAUGAAGAAAUCCAGAACCAGAGCAGUUCUGCUGUCUCUUUACCCAUCACUGUCUACAGGCAGGACAAAGACUCAUCAUACAGAUGUGUAGCAGCCAACCCUGCAGAAAACAAGACUUUUUCUGUUGAUGUGAGGAAAUUAUGUGGAUUCAACGAGACAGAAAGUGGUGAUGAAGAAAGAAUAUAUUGGAUCGCACCUCUGGUCUCAGUCGGGUUUGUCAUCAUUAUUGCUUUUGUAUUCUGUAUGAUCAAGCAGAGAUAUCUGGGCAAAAAGACAUCUGACAGACAAACACAAGGCAGAUCCCGCAAAAGAACCGGAAGUCCUAUAUACGCCAAUACUUAUUAAGGAUAAAAGACAGACUGAGGUACAGGAAGAGAAUAUUCCAGAGUCGUCAGGAACCAGUGAUCGGAACAAUCUGACAACGGUCUACGCCAAACUGGAGCAUCCCAACCCAGGCAGAGCCUAACAUAUAAUCGCUAUAACCCAUGGACUCUGUAACAGCUCAACGUAGAUUUAAGUCAAAAUUAACUGGUCUGUAAAUACUGGUCUGUUUGAACUAUAUAGUUGUACAUUUCCAUAGGAACGGAUUUCUCAUCCUAAAAUUUUCCUUUAAAAUAUAUAUGAUCCUGAAAUGUAUUUUCUAUGGUAUUUCCAUCACAUUUAUUCUGUUUAUUCAAGUGUUUAAAUAAAGAUCUGUUGCCUUGGAGUCAUGAAGAAGUUUGAUAUCUUUGAAGCAGACGUUUCUUCCAGGAGAUGUUCUACAUCUGGGUCAUAGCUGGAGCAGUCCUCCUUUAGAGAGCAAGGAAAAAGGAUUGAAGCGGAAGAAAUGGAAUCUUAUAAACACAUGUUCUGACUUAGCGAAAAUUGACCUGACAUGACUGAUCAGCUGCUUCCACUGAAUGCAGCAUUAGACUCACAUGUUUAUCUCAGCUUCUGUAUUUGGCACGGCUUCAGUUAGAGGGAGAGUCGUAGUUUGAUCCCAGCACCACAUGUUUCCUGCCUGGGUUACAGUCCAUAGUUUCCUCCUUAAAAUCUGUUUUAGGAAGUGAACUGCAGCAGAUACUGGAACUGCGCAGAUUUUCUUAAAGAAGCCUCUGAUUGUGAGGUUUAUAAGUUAGUUAAAUCACUGAGUGGCUUAGCACUGAAACACAUUAAUAACUGGUUGCCAGAGUGGUACACUCAGACCUCUUAGGCCUUAUGGUUCGAGUCUUCUCUGUAUACCCAGAACCAAACAUGGAGAAGCGACAUUUAGUUCCACUGAUCUGAAACAAACAACCUGAAAACUGUAAAAGUGCUAAUAUUUUAAAUUGAGAUUUAAAACCUAUUUAUUUAUUUCGCCUUUUUCUGUGCUAAUUAAACUUUUAACUGAAAAAUCA